AUGCAACACAUCAAGGUCAAAGCAGAUGCUCUUACCUUGCUCGGUAGUCCCAUGCCUCAUGAAGAUCUUACAGAUCUCAUCCUUGCAGGUCUCGGUGAUGAAUACAAACCACUUAUUGAAGGGGUUCAUAGUCGUGAUACACCCAUCUCAUUCACUGAGCUUCAUGAGAAGCUCAUCAAUCGAGAACUUUCUCUAGCUGCGGCCAUUCCACCAUCUCAGUCGUUUCCCAUAACGGCGAAUCAUGUUCAGCACCGCUCCAACAAUGGAAGUCACAACAACAAGAACAACACGGGCCAUAAUUCCUACUUUCAUCAACAUGGAUAUGACCAACGUGUCUCCCGUCCAUAUCUUGGCAAGUGUCAGGCUUGUGGGAUGCAAGGUCAUAGUGUGAAACGAUGCCUCCACUAUCGUAUCAUGUCUAACCAGCAGCCUUCUACUCCGCAACAAUAA